AUGUUUUUCGUCUCGUCUAGUCAUGGCGAAAUCUGCGCUCUGGAGCCACUCCGUCCAGCCAGUACUAAAGUAUUUCUCCGCGGCAUCAAUACAUCAAGUUCCAAAACGGACGCCAACGUACUGGCUUCACGUCUUCUUUACCAGUCUGCUCUGGUUGCCAUGGCGUCCUUCACCAAGGUUAUUGUCGUUGUCCUAAGGCCCAACCUUCGCGUCGUUUUCUGGCAGCAUUUAAAGGGACACCCAUCUUGCCUACCUCUUCUGGCCUGGAACUGGUUCUCCCCCGAACACAGCGACGGAAAGAACGCUUUUCUGGUGUUUGGCCGCUCGUCUACUGUGUACAUUGCUCAGCUCUCUGUUUGCUUCCCACCGGAUAGUCGAAAAAUGUCGACUGAUUCGUCGGCUGAGGGUCAAAACUCCACCGGGUCCCAUAAGGCGUCUGUCAGUCAAAAUCACCCCAUCCAGCUUGAUGUACUGCGUACCAUUAAUUUCGACUAUCGAAUGUGUCUGGGAAACGAUCACUUGGCUAUAGUGGACUCUGACGAGGUUUUACGCCUGUUCGAGAUCUCUACAGAGACCGAAGUAGAGAUGCAAAAUCUCUCCUCAGUUCAGAUCUGCUAUAACUCAAGUUCCUUCAAGGCAGUCGCAAUCGGAGGCUCGGUUAGCCAGGCCUUAGCCUCUGCUAGUGAGCGUGCAUGUACCAAUUCCAUAGCAAUCACCUCUGGACAGAUGGUCAUCCUGGGUAGGACUGGCCUUUUCUUGUAUUCCCUGAAGGACUGGAAAGACCGUGUCCGCAGUCUGAUCGGAUCGGGGCGUACCGUCGAGGCCUUCAAGACUUGCCUGCAAGUAGUGGAAGCCGCGCCCAUCGCUGGGAGAUCUAGUCUGUGCACCUGUAUCCUGGAGUUCCUUCAAGAAGUUUUCUCUGGCAAGGAUUUCACUUCCACCGCGCGGUUCUCAGCAAUCACUAUCGGUCUGACCGUCAAACUUUGUGUUUGUAUUGACCAGAUUGAUUUUCUGCAGACAGUUCUAUUUCCGAGGCUGCAAACGGAUGCAACUGCGAGGGACAGUCUCCUGAGUAACCUCUGCUCUCUUCUCAUUCAAUUACCGCCUCUCUAUAAUGAUCCUGACCCCUUGGCCCAUACGGGUUCAACCUCGUUGCGUAAAUUGUCCCCCGACCUCGUCAUGGAGAUGCUCAAAUGGUGCUUGUCUUCUCAGUCACCAUUGUCGCUGUCCGUCAGCAGUCUCCCCUCCUCAUCUUCUGGCCUCGUCGACGCCGUCAAUUUACCGCGUGGCCGACACCUGGCUGAAUCCUGCCUACAGAGGCUUGCUCCGACUAGCCUAGAUAUUGAUCUCGUAUGUUGUCAUUAUUGA